AUGGUUUAUUUGUGGCUGGUAGUGCACGCGUGUAGCAGUAGCGCGGAGGACGUGUUCGAACGCCUUUAUUCUGACGCAUCGCGUCGAGUGACCGUAUGCUGUGAGCGCGGACACAUGUGCCCCGCCGCGCGGUGGCGACGUGAUUGGCUGGUCGCUCGCGUCUCCUGCCUGUUAUCCCACCCCUAUUAUCCGUCUCUUCGCGCCAAGGAGGGCGUCGAUAAUUGCACGGACGAUAGUGCUGUUACGAGAAAGUACGAAAUGAGGACUAUGCGUUAUAUAGUGUCGCACCACACACACCCCUCGUAUCCUAACGUGGACCUGAUGCUGCUCCGAAUCAACUGCCCCUGGGACACGGAGCUGAUCGACAACCGCACUCUCACCAUCAGUGACGCUAUAUUUGACAGGCUGGAUAGCUGGAUAAAGGCUAUUAAUUUUAAUAAGGUCUUUACGACAACUAAGCCCAAGAAUAUCAUGCAAAGAACCCAUCUCCAGAUGUAUUCCACUCCAGUGAGGAUGUUCCUAGUGACAGUGGUGCUGCCGUCAAUCUCUUUCAUUGUUUUCUUUCUAUUUGUUAUAUUUUUUACUGGUACGAGCAAGGGGAGUAACAUUCCCUAUAAAAACUUAAACAGUGGUAAAAAAGAAACUUCAUAUGUUUAAUUAACUAAUCCGUUUAGUUUAUUCUAUUAAAUGUUAUUCAUAA